AUGUCAUUCACACCCCCAAAAGGUCCAAGAACCUUAUACGACAAAGUUUUCGAUCAUCACGUUGUUCAUAAAGAUGAUAACGGAUCUUACCUACUUUAUAUUGAUAGACAUAUCAUUCAUGAAGUGACCACACCUCAAGCAUUUGAAGGUUUAAAAGAUAAUGGAAGACCUGUUAGAAGAUCAGAUUGUACUUUAGCUACAGUUGAUCACAAUAUUCCAACUGACUCAAGGAAAAAUUUCAAAUCAGUCGACACUUUUAUUAAGCAAGCUGAUUCUCGUUUGCAAGUGAAAACACUAGAAAAAAAUGUUGCUGAGCACGAUAUCCCAUAUUUCGGUAUGACUGAAAUUAGGCAAGGGAUCGUUCAUAUGAUCGGUCCAGAACAAGGUUUCAUUCUACCUGGUUGUACAGUUGUUUGUGGUGAUUCCCAUACAUCUACCCACGGUGCUUUCGGUUGUUUGGCUUUCGGUAUUGGAACUUCUGAGGUUGAACAUGUAUUGGCUACUCAAACUCUUAUCCAAACAAGAUCCAAAAACAUGAGAAUCUUGGUUAAUGGGAAGUUAUCUCCAGGUGUUACCUCUAAGGAUUUAAUUUUACAUAUUAUUGGUUUAAUUGGUACCGCUGGUGGUACUGGUUGUGUUAUUGAAUUUGCUGGUGAAGCAAUUGAAGAUUUAUCAAUGGAAGCUCGUAUGUCUAUGUGCAAUAUGUCCAUCGAAGCCGGUGCCAGAGCUGGUAUGAUUAAGCCUGAUGAAAAAACUUUCGAAUAUUUAAAGGGUAGACCAUUAGUCCCAACUGGUGCUGAAUGGGAAAAGGGUUUAGCAUUUUGGAAAACCUUACAUUCUGAUGAAGGAGCCAAGUUUGAUCAUGAAAUUGUUAUUAAGGGAUCAGCAAUUAUUCCAACAAUUACUUGGGGUACAUCUCCACAAGAUGCUUUGCCAAUUACCGCGUCAGUUCCUGAUCCAGCAAAAGUUGAAGAUCCAAUAAGAAGGGGUGAUAUGGAAAGGGCUUUACAAUAUAUCGGACUAGAACCAAAUACUCCAUUACAAAGUAUUAAAAUUGAUAAGGUAUUUAUUGGUUCCUGUACCAACGCACGUAUUGAAGAUUUGAGAGCUGCUGCUAAAGUGGUUGAUGGUUAUCAUAUUGCUGAUAAUAUCAUGAGGGCUAUGGUUGUCCCAGGUUCAGGUUUGGUAAAAGCCCAGGCUGAAGAUGAAGGUCUUGACCAAAUCUUCUUAAGGGCAGGCUUUGAAUGGAGAGAAGCUGGUUGUUCUAUGUGUCUGGGUAUGAAUCCAGAUAUUUUACAACCUGGUGAACGAUGUGCAUCUACUUCGAAUAGAAACUUCGAAGGUCGUCAAGGUCCUAGAUCCCGUACUCACUUGAUGUCACCAGUGAUGGCUGCUGCUGCUGCUAUUGCAGGACAUUUUGUUGAUAUUAGAGAAUUUAAGUACAAAGAUAAGACUGCUCCAAAGAUUUCUAUUUCUAAUGAAGCACAAGACGUUUUGGCAGAUGCUGCUGCUAAGCAUAAGCAUAUAGAACAACCUGAGGAUGAUCUUUCUGAAGAAGGUGAAGAUAUGAUUGAUGAUAUUCCUCCAUCUACCACUACUAGAGUUGCUUCUGGUCCUACAGGUAUGAAACCAUUUUUAUCAUUAUGUUCCAUUGCUGCUCCGUUGGAUAAAUCGAAUGUCGACACCGAUGCUAUUAUUCCAAAACAAUUUUUGAAGACAAUUAAAAGAACCGGUUUAAAAGUUGGAUUAUUCUACGAAUGGCGUUUUAAGAAAGAUGCCCAAGGUAAAGAUGAAGAAACUGACUUUGUUUUAAAUGUUGAACCAUGGAGACAUGCGGAGAUUUUAGUUGUCACCGGGAAUAACUUCGGUUGUGGUUCUUCUAGAGAACAUGCUCCAUGGGCCUUAAAGGAUUUUGGCAUUCAAAGUAUUAUUGCCCCAUCAUUUGGUGAUAUUUUCUACAAUAACUGUUUCAAGAAUGGUUUACUACCAAUAAGAAUUCCACAAAACGUUAUUUUGGAAAAAUUAACUCCGAUUGCUAAGAAAGGUGGGAAAUUGACAAUUGAUUUACCUGACCAAACUAUCUCCGAUGGUGAAGGUAAUGUUCUGGUCGAUCAUUUUGACAUUGAGGAUUAUAGAAAGCACUGUUUGAUCCAUGGUUUAGAUGAUAUCGGCAUUACAUUACAAAAAGAGAGUUUUAUCAGCAAGUACGAGGAGGUAAGAAAGGAUAAAUAUUCCUUCUGGGAAGGUGGUUCCAAAUUGUUGAAAUUCCCAUGUGAUUUAUCACUUGAAAAACGCACACCACUUACAACUUACGACGUUGUUCAUCAAGAUUGGUAA